AUGACUAACAAAGGGGUUUUUGAGUUGGUAACCCAACCUCGCUAUUCCCGCGUCAGACGCGUCGAUAAACAGCACAACCUCAGCGAAGAAGCCGGUUCAUCAAAUCCGGCGAAAAGAGGGAUGCCUAGUGGCCGAGACACCGGCGAUACGGGCACAGUAUCCGAUUCGGAUGACUUCGACGAUGAAGAAGAGGACAAUGGAUCGAUCUACGAAGAACCCUCAUCGAUCCAUGAUUCAAUUCCGUCGUCCCGCUCCCGAAUUUCCCAACAAAAUUCUUCUCAACACGAAGAUACAGAGGGAAGUGCGCACGCCACACUCACUGCACCCUCCAAACCUAGACGUGGUCGUCGUCCCACUCAUCUGUCCGCUGCGAGCCGUAAUGCCAGGGACAUUGCUCGUAAGACAAACCAUUCUCGUAUUGAGAAACGUCGCCGCGAAAAGAUAAACGAUGUUCUUGAUGUCCUCCGAGGUCUUGUCCCAUCUCUGCCGUCAUCGGGUACGGAUCCCCAAGAGGGUCACGGUGAAACGGAGGUAGAGGACGGUGAGGAUGAAGGCCGAAAGGGCAGAAAGAGGAGGAAAUCAAACUCGUGCGACUCGAAACCUAGCGCUAAAAAAGAAAAAGGAGGGGAAUUCAAGUUGGACGUUCUGGAGCGCACGUUAAAUUUCGUUCAACAUCUCAUGUCCACCGUCCAGGUACUCGAGGCGGAAAAGCAAGAGUGGCUCGGCCGAAUUCCCUCCACCCACAUACCUUCGCAAUCGGGCAAUAAUCCCGCUACUUGUACGUCGUGUGGGCGGGGUCCCCCCGUCAGUGGGCCUCCCGAAUCUUCACGCGAACCGGCUAGAGGGCAAACGUUUACUCCGCCCAUUCCGGCCCAUCCACCCGGAACCAUGUCGAAGCGCAAGCGCGAACGUGAUCGUGUCUCUACUCCGCCUCCCACCUCGCCGAUCGUUCCCCCCCGGCUACCUUCUUCAGAAUCGUCAUUCCAACACCCUCGCCACCACGCUGAAGUAUCCAACUCUCGAAUCACGUCUUCACCUCAAUUAUUUGUCCCACCAGAGACGAAGCGUCCAAAGCUCCCCUCUAUCUCGUCGAUCCUAAACUCAACUGACGAAUCCCCAAUCUUCCAACUCCCUUCUCCUCCUUCUCCCUAUGCGUUUGAACACACUUCACACUUUUCUAAAACACCCUCCUCUACUGCAGUUAAGAAAGGACUCGGUGGAGGACCAACGGGCCCAUUCAUUACCGGCGCUUCUCGCUACGCAUCUGCAACACCGCCGGUUCUUCCUUCGCCCGCUACAACUCAGAUAGAUCCCACUUCUCCACUUCCUUUCACGACGUUAACCUCCCCUUCCAUACCUUUGAUUCCCCACUCGCAGCCUGCCACCCAACAAACACCAUCAACAAUGACGACGGCCACUUUGAGUUAUUCUUCAAGUUCUAUGUCUCAAGCGCCCUCGCGUGAACGAGGAUUCCCACUAUCAUCAGGCACUCAACCAAUCAAUUUUAAUGUUAACCAUGAAUCUCAUGACGACGAGACCGUCGCUAUCGCAAGUAUGUUGAUGCAAAUUUCUUCGAGGAAGAAGCAUGGCACGAGUGACAGACCGUCCUCGUCGUCUCCGUCUUCCGCGUCGUCUCCCGCGACUACGAAUCAGACGCAUCACCCUCACACCCCAAGUUCGAUAUUGGGUUUGUAA